GCGCGGAGGAGUGUCCGGCCGGGGAGAGGCUGCGAGGAGCCCAGUCUCGGUCGUGGGUGGAGAGGCCCUGCCCGGGUCAGUGGGCAGCUGGGGAUAUCUGGAUGGCCAGAGGAGGGCCUGCUGAGAGAGUCCUGUCCAUGCUCGGGGGGCCUCUGGGGACAUGAGGUGGCCGUGCAUCUGGCUCCUCUGUCCCCUGGGCCCACUGGUCUUGCUCUCUGCAUCCACAAACCCUCCCAACAUCCUGUUAAUCUUUGCGGAUGACCUGGGGUUUGGAGAUUUGGGAAGCUAUGGGCACCCCACCUCAGCCACGCCAAACCUGGACAAGAUGGCGGCCAGGGGCCUGAGAUUCACCGACUUCUAUGCCAGCUGUCCACUCUGCAGCCCCUCGCGGGCGGCCCUGCUGACGGGUCGGUACCAGACACGCUCUGGGGUUUACCCCGGCGUGUUCUACCCCGGCUCCCGGGGAGGCCUCCCGCUGUCCGAAGUCACCGUCGCGGAGGUGCUGAAGGCUCGAGGCUAUGCCACAGCCAUGGUCGGCAAAUGGCACCUGGGACUGGGGGCCAAUGGCUCCUUCCUGCCCAUCCACCAGGGCUUUGACCACUUCCUGGGGGUGCCGUACUCCCAUGACCAGGGCCCCUGCCAGAAUCUCACCUGCUUCCCCCCAGACACCAAGUGCUUUGGGACAUGUGACCAGGGCGUGGUGCCUGUCCCACUGCUCCUAAACCAGAGCAUCCUGCAGCAGCCGCUUGCCUUCCCCCAGCUGGUGCCGCUAUACAACAAGUUCUCUCGCGACUUCAUUGCUGACUGCGCCCGCCGGGACCACCCCUUCUUUCUCUACUAUGCCUCCCAUCACACCCACUACCCUCAGUUUGGGAGCCAGGAGUACGUGGGCCAGUCGCUGCGGGGCCCCUUUGGGGACGCCCUCAUGGAGUUUGAUGGCUCAGUGGGGCUCCUGCUCCAGGCACUGCAGGAGAAUGGCUUGGAGGGGAACACACUGGUCUUCUUCACUGCGGACAAUGGCCCUGAGACCAUGCGAAUGGCCCGUGGGGGCAGCUCGGGCCUCCUGAAGUGCGGAAAGGGAACGACAUACGAGGGCGGGAUGCGGGAGCCUGCGGUGGCUUAUUGGCCAGGCCGGAUCUCCCCGGGUGUGACCCACGAGAUGGCCAGCACCCUGGAUGUCCUGCCAACCCUGGCUGCCCUGGCUAAGGUGCCUCUCCCCACUGUCCCGUUGGACGGCUAUGACCUGAGCCCGGUGCUCUUUGGAGGUGGGAAGAGUCCCCGGCAGAUGAUGUUCUAUUACCCGCCCAGCCCCAGCGAGCUGCUUGGCGUCUUUGCCGUCAGAUACGGGAAGCACAAGGCCCAUUUCUUCACACAAGGUGCCUUCCACAGUGGGACGACCCCUGACUCGGACUGCCAUGGGCUGACGCCCCUGACGCCCCACGAGCCCCCACUGCUCUUUGACCUGGAGGCUGACCCUGCAGAGAACUAUAACCUGCUGCAGGGUGGUGCCGUGGGGCUGGAGGUGCUGUGGGUGCUGAAGGAGAUCAAGCUGCAAAAGGCGCUCUUCGACCAGCGCAUGGAGUUUGGGGAAAGCCAGAUAGGGAAGGGCACUGACCUUGCCCUCCAGCCCUGCUGUGCCCCCCGCUGCACCCCCAAGCCCUCCUGUUGCCACUGCCCCUAAUCUGCCUGCUGCAUUGCACCCUCUAAUUCUCCUUUCGCCACUGCCUGGAAUCCCCCUGCUCGUUGAAAGCCUCCUGCUGCUGUGCCCAUCUCUCUGCUACCACUCUCUAAAAUCCCCACGCUGGGCUCCCCGCUGCUCUCCCCAAACCUGCCAGCAGCUGGGUGUGCUGCGUUGGGGUGCUUCCCUGGCCAUUGGAGCUGCCCCCAGACUCCUGCUCUUCAGGCCUGACGCUGAGGUUCCUAUGUGCUGGCUGCAUGGGGAUGAGGGUGAGCUGCUAGGAGGGGAAGGGGCACUCGUGCAAGUUCCUGGGGAGUGGAGUGUUUUACCUCUGCACUGUAUCAGA